AAUAAAUUUUCAAUAAAUUAAGAAUAAUUAGAACAAUGUUAUUUUGUAAUAUUUUUAUUCUAAAGUUUUAUUUUUCAAGAAAUAAUACGAAUUUUGCGAUUAGAAGUUGAACGAUCUCGUGACCGAUAUUUUGAAUUUAGUGUAACCGCGCGCAUUCAUAUUUUCAAGCAGACGACGUUGCGUUUUUACCACGUGAAAACCGUAUUCGGUUGUUUAUCGGAGAAAAAUGGGUCGGAAAAUCCCAGGAAAAAAGCACAGAGGUGUAAAAGAUCCUUUUAAGCAACAGGCAAAACGACAUGCAGAGUUAGAAACAAAGAUAAAUGCACCGCCAAAAAACGCGGAAGAACAAACAAUACCGAGAAGUUUAGAAAGAGUAGUAAAAUUGAAAGAGGCAGUGAAAUCAGGCAAGAUAACCAAAAUUAAGAAGAAAAAAAAGAAGAAAAAUGCUCUCAUAUCUGUUGGCAAACAAGAGUCUAAGCCUUUACAUCCCAAGGCCAGACCUGAGAAAGUUGUUCCUAUAUUUCAACAGAAACCUGGCGAAAACGAGGAAAGAUUUUUGCACAGAGUUAACAGGACUACACAUGCCUUCAUAAAUGAAACCUCCUUCGAAAGAAAGUACGAUGUUCAAGUCAAUCGAAAUCCAGAAACAGGAAAGAUAGAAGGGCUUUCAAAAUGUGAAAAAACUGAAUUAGAUAAAAUCGAAAUGUUGAGGAUGAAACACAGAAAUGUUAGAAAGAAGAAGAAGAAGAAGGAUACGGAUGAGCCUAAAAUGACUAAGUCGGAAAAGAGAAAGGAAAAGUUAAAAUUGAAGAAACAAAAACAAAUAGAAAAGAGAGUAGAUGAAUUUAAUAAUUUUAAAGAUCAAGUUAAGUUUGGAGAAGUUGUUCAUGAACCACCACAAUUAAAAAUCAGACCAAAAUAUGCAAAUGCUAUAAGUACUUCUAAGCCUGGUGAGAAGGAACUUCUCCUUCAUUCAAUACUUAAGAAAAGUGAUAAAGUAAAAAUGAAUGAUAAGAAGAUCAUAUCUACAGAUAAAUCAGGGAAACGUAAGAAUCUACCACUUGGAGAAAGAAGACAGUUAGAAAAACAGCAAAGUGAUGUCAUUGCAGCAUACAGAAUGUUAAAAGUACAACGAUCUGCUGGUAUUAACAACUAGGGUAUGUAAAUGACUAAAAAUUAUGAAAUGUACAUUUUUAUAUAUGUUACAUAAUUUUUUAUAUUGCAAUAGAUGCUAUGAAAUAUUUUAUCGCGGAAUUGUUUAUUUUUAUUUUAAUAAAAUGUAUAAUCAUUUCAUCAUGUAUGUAUUUUUGAACUUAAACAUCGUAUUCUUUUUAUACAAUUAUACAAUUAUUAGGAUUAACACGAAAAUAUAUAUACAUAUAUAAUCUCAUAGACAAAAUUUCUGUGCAACACAUGUAUAGAUAUUAG